UGGCCUGGAGGCCGAAUUGGAGGCCCAUCUGGAGGCCGGGCUGGCCCGGCAGGCUGUGCGCAGGCAAGAUGGCGGCCCCCGGGGAACAGGCGCGCUUCUGCCGCGGCAGCCUCUUCUCCUUCCUGCCCGGCGGCGCGCGCUCCGAGGUGACUGACGACCUGGCGACCGACGCGCGGGGCCGCGGCGCGGGGCGCAGAGACGCCGCCGCCUCGGCCCCAGCGCCGGCCGCGGCGCCCAACCCGGAGUCGCAGGACGCGGAGGGCGCUUCGCGGAGGCAGCCGUGCCGGGCCUGCGUGGACUUCAAGACGUGGAUGCGGACGCAGCAGAAGCGGGACAGCAAGUUUAGGGAGGAUUGUCCACAGGAUCGCGAGGAACUGGGUCGCCACAGCUGGGCUCUCCUCCACACCCUUGCUGCUUAUUACCCGGACCUGCCCACCCCAGAACAGCAGCAAGACAUGGCCCAGUUCAUACAUUUAUUUUCCAAGUUUUACCCGUGUGAGGAGUGUGCCGAAGACAUAAGGAAGAGGAUAGGCAAGAACCAGCCAGAUACUCGCACCCGGGCAACCUUCACCCAGUGGCUGUGCCGUCUGCACAAUGAAGUGAACCACAAGCUGGGCAAGCCUGACUUCGACUGCUCGCAGGUGGAUGAACGCUGGCGUGACGGCUGGAAGGAUGGCUCUUGUGACUAGAGGAUGGCCAGCCAGAGCCCAUGGAGUGGCCAGACAGGGCCUAUGGGUGCAGCCUGGCUGGUUAGGGAUGGAGUGCUGAUUAAAGUGCCUCUGAGCCGGAGCUUGUUGUGUUUCAGUUGGGUGGUCCCCAGGAUGCAGCCCCUCCAACAAGUUUAGUAUACAAGUGAAGGUGCUUGCUGCAGGCACCCUGUGGCCUCCCCCUGAGGCCCCAUGGAGCUGCAAGUAAGGGGGUCAGGAGCAGCCCACACUGCCCCUUGCCAUUCAGGAUACAGCCUCCCAUCAACUCCAAGUUCUGGACCUAGUCCCCACACAAGAGGGCAGUGGGUCUGAUGGGUUCUUUUUCCUGCUCUUGGAGGCCAGGCUGUUGCCUUCCCACUGUGUGCUGUGGACACCUCAGUGCUGUGGCCUCAGUGAUGCUGUCCUGUUGUAGGAAAAGGCUUGAGGCUGAGCUCAAUUCUGUGCUCAGUCCCCACAGGGAAGAGCCCAGGCAGAGUUUCUCUCAGAUUCCAUCACUGGGGAUCCUGGGGACAGCUUCCUCAGAAUGAGACCAAAAUAAAAUGCUGGAGAAGUGACUGA